UUGUUGUGAUUGUUGUGAUUUAAUGGUGAUUUGUUCGAUUAGAGGAGCUCAGUUUCCUUCUAGUAGUUGGUUGCCUAGGGCUAUGAGUGUUCCUACUCCUUUAGUGCAUUGGUUCAUUGGUACUCUCGUGACUGUUGGGUUAUUUUUAAUUAUUUGUUUUUUUGAAUUGUUAUCUUUAGAUUUUGUUUUGGAUUUGGUAUUUUUUGUUGAUCUUUUUACUAUGCUUUCUUCUGGUUUU